CCGUCACUGCCACCGCCUGAUCGCCACCGUCAUCGCCGCCGUCGUCGUCGUCGUCGUCGCCGUCGACAGAGUAACGAGAGAGCUGGUCUUCCCUGCGUUCCACGUCGUCCGGUGUCGUUUUGGUUCUCGCGUAGGUGAUCGCGAAUCAUCCCGAAUUCUUCGCCUGCAGGAGAAUUGGCGGCGCGAGACGAAGAAAGACAGAGAACGCGUACGUGCGAAGAAGCACACGCUCCGGCUUGUGAAGGCUCGUUGGCGGCUCUCUUGGGAUCUCCGGCCCUUCUUCCUGCUCUUCGAACUUCCUGCUCUUCGAACUUCCGGCUCUUCCGACCCGGCGCAAACAUGAAUGAGGAGUACGACGCGAUCGUCCUCGGCACCGGCCUCAAGGAGUGCAUCCUCUCGGGCAUGCUUUCCGUCAGCGGCAAACGGGUGCUGCACAUCGACCGCAACAAGUAUUACGGCGGCGAAUCGGCCUCCAUCACGCCCCUCGAGGACCUCUUCGGGAAAUUCAAGGCUCCGUCGCCGGACGAGAGUUAUGGCCGUGGCCGAGACUGGAAUGUCGACCUGAUUCCUAAGUUUCUGAUGGCAAAUGGUCUCCUUGUCAAGCUGCUCAUUCACACGGGUGUGACGCGUUACCUGGAAUUCAAGUCGGUGGAGGGUUCAUACGUGUACAAAUCGGGUAAGAUCUCCAAGGUGCCGAUUGAUCAGCAGGAGGCACUGUCCAGCGACCUGAUGGGUCUGUUCGAGAAACGGCGGUUCCGCAGCUUCCUCAUGUGGGUGCAGAAUAUGCAGGAGGACGAUCCGAAGACGUGGGAAGGCUUUGAUCCCUUCAACAACAGCAUGAGCGCGCUCUACAACAAAUUCAACCUCGACAAAAACACGCAGGACUUUACUGGACACGCGUUAGCGUUGUACAGGGAUGACGACUAUAUAAGCCAAACCGCGAUAAUCACCAUCAGGAGGAUCAAGCUGUAUAGCGACAGUUUAGCGCGUUAUGGAAAGUCGCCGUAUCUUUAUCCGAUGUACGGUCUGGGCGAACUUCCUCAGGGAUUCGCGCGACUUAGCGCCAUUUACGGCGGCACCUACAUGCUGGACAAGCCGAUCGACGAAAUCGUCAUAAAGGACGGCAAGGUGGUUGGAGUCCGUUCCGGCGAUGAGGUAGCUCAAUGUAAACAAGUUUUUUGUGAUCCUACGUACGUACCUGAUCGCGUGAAAAAGGUCGGUCAGGUAAUAAGAUGCAUAUGUCUCAUGGAUCAUCCGAUUCCGAGCACGGCCGACGCGCUAUCCACGCAAAUCAUCAUUCCUCAGAAGCAGGUCGGACGCAAUUCCGAUAUUUACGUGUCUCUUGUAUCGCAUACUCAUCAAGUCGCAGCGAAGGGCUGGUUUAUCGCUAUGGUCUCGACCACGGUGGAGACGAAAAACCCGGAGGCUGAGAUUAAACCCGGUCUGGAUUUGCUCGGUCCGGUAAAACAGAAGUUUAUCAGCAUCUCUGACUACUUGGUGCCGGUGGACGACGGUCUCAACAGUCAGAUAUUCAUAUCCACUAGCUAUGACGCGACCACGCAUUUCGAGACCACCUGCUUAGAUGUGCUCGAUAUAUUCAAGCGCGCCACCGGCGAGGAAUUCGACUUUAACAAGGUCAAGCACGAACUCGGCGAUGAAGAUCAGUAACCGUAAUUAUGGAGUGCGCACGUGCAUUUUACAUUAUUACACCCAGGGGAAGAUCGAAGCGUUCAGUGAAUUCGCGUAUUCGAGUAAUCACUCGAUGAUCGCCGACAUGGCAUGCGACAGUGUCUCAAGGCAGAUAUCACGAAACAGAUGUCACGCUUGCGAGCAGACCUGUGCCUAAUUAUGUAGGUUCUCUUUCAUAGAGGAUAAAAAACGAAGGUAAAGUUGACUAAAUUUUCUCUCUUUCUCUGAUCUACUUCGUCCUAUAAUUUCAUCUCCUGCUGUUCCCGCGAACUCAAUAAUAAAGUCCUGUUCGAAAGCGACACGAAUUCUCGAUUACAUUUAUAUGGGAGAACUUUCGGACUAUAUUUCUACGACUUCAAGCAUCGGAUUGUAAGAUUAUAUCGUCUCUUGUAAAUUUAUAUUUUACAUGAAAUCCAAUCUGCCAAUAUACGUUCGAACAGAAGAUAAUAAAAAAAAGAUAAAUAAAGUUAAUCUCGAGACGUCCGUGUCACUGCGUGUAUACAAUAUAUAUGUAUCAUAUUUUGAUGUACCGAAAUAUAAGUAGGUAAAAGGUUCAUCAGCAGAUUACACUGUACAAAAAGGAAUCUAUAGGUAUAUCACUACAUAAGAAAAUACAAUAUUACCGUUAAGCUGACAAUUGAUAACGAUAAAAACAACAUAAGUAUCAUAUCUGUCUAGACUAGACUUCCUCUAGAUAUAGACGUUUCCAGAAAAUUUUGGAAAUUGUGUGAAUCUGGGAAAGUUUAUGUUGCUGGGUGUUAAUUAUCUAGGUUGUUCUAAGUUGCAUUUAUCGAACAAGUGAUUGAUUAAUGAUUUAGUUUUAUACGAAUCGCCGAGAAUCGCAUACAAAGGUGUUCCAACGAUGACUCUCCAUUGUUUGUCGACUAUCUAGUAAAAUAAUAACUAGGAAUAAUAUAGAAAUAUAACGCAUUAUAUUUCGAUAUAUAUAAUUCUCACGAAUGUUUCAUCUCAUAUAUUUGUCUAUUCUUAUUGAAGAGAGAUUUAUUUAGGAAACAUCGAAAACGCGAUUAGAUAUCUUCAACGUGCGUUCGAAAAACAGAAUUAGGGAUAGGAAAGUCGCAUGUUCACAUAUACACUUGAGACAAAAUCGAUGGAAAGUGAAAGGAAAAAAAAAGAUCGAUAUCGAAAUGUUGGAACGAGGAAAAGGAUAUUCAAACUCUCCGGAGCGGCCAAGCAUUUCACAUUAUAUAUAGAUUAUUAUUAUAGAUCUAUAUAGUAUAUAUUAAAAAAAAGAUAUGUAUACAUAUAUAUAUAUAAAAAUAUGAGAAGGUGGAGUCGUUGAAAUAUUGUUGUUUCGUGUGAGCUUGAGAUCCGGAUUAUUUCUUUUGCAAAAUAAAAAAACAUGCGGGCGUAUCUUGUAAUUAUUAUUAUAUCGUUACCUGAUAAAAAGAGCACAAAUAUUUGUAUAAGCUCACCGAAUAAAUUAACGGCAAAUUAAUGACAGGCGAAUGUUGGAAGAAGAUGUGGAUUGGCCGUUUUUCACCCUUUUUGCUUGCACUUUAGAAUGAGUUACUAUAAUGACACAACUUCACACUACGUAUAAAAAAGUAUAAAAUACUACGUACACAAAUUCUAGUGCAAAGAAUGAAGAGGUAUACUCAGAUAACGAACAUUUGUUUCGACAGCAGAUACCUCUUUCGCAGUUAUCCGUCAACUUGUAACACACGAGAAUAGAAUAGAAUAAACGCUAUUGUAUUAA